CGAGGGCGGAAUCCCGCGAGGGCCGCCGGGAAGAGGGAGGCGGCCGGGCGGGCGGGCGGCCAUGGCGCUGGCAGAUGAUGCAACAGAGUUUUGGAGGCAGAUUGAAGAUAGCCGAGUGGACUUGAUAUUUGAGCAAGUGCAGAAGGUACUUUGGUCUCUGAAGCAGAAGAUCAAGGACAGAACUGCAACAGAUGAAGAGUACUGCCAAGCUUUGGCAUUUGUGAAUCAAGUGGAUAUGACUAACCUCCUACCUCUGACAAAUGUAAAUAAUGCUGUUACUGAAGAAGAUAUGCAGAAAUUUGAGCCUGGUUUACAUCCUUCUGCCUCAAGUGAAAUUAUAGAGAAUCCUGGAGAUGAUUUUUCUUUAAGAAUGAAGAUAAAGGAGGUGAUACAUUCAAGGAGUAGAGGCGAACCUGCAGAAGUGUCUUCAAAAUUCCCCUAUGAGGAUCAUGUAUGCUCUAAAGAAUGUCUUGCCAAAAGGCCAUGGAAUUCAUACAAGGAUGAAAACCCUCUUCAUCUGCCAAUGCUGUGUCGCUUCCAAAGAUGGCAUGCCAAACCAGAUUAUGUGUCAAAGUCACACAAUGUUAUAUACAAAGCUCCCUGUGGAAGGAGUCUGAGAAAUUUUCAAGAUGUUCAGAAUUAUUUGUUUCAGACAGAGUGCACUUACUUAUAUUUAGAUCACUUUUCUUUCAAUACCUAUGUACAGGUGUUUAGAAACAAUCCUAGUUGCCAGCCCUUUGUGUUUGAUUUUGAUAUCAGCAACGGGGCAGAGACAAUACCAGUUUCUUUCUGUAAUGACAUAGACCACGACCGACUACCUUACUUUAAAUAUCGGAAGGUCUCUUGGCCCCAUGGAUACUUCUUGAACAAUUUCUCCAGCAUGUUUAUUGACUCAUGCAGUUGCACAGAUGGCUGCACAGACAGGACAAAAUGUGCAUGUCUGCUUCUAACUGAAAGAAACUGCCAUGAAGCUUCUGUGUCUUCAGGAAAAGAAGCAUCUAAUGGAUAUAAUUAUAAAAGACUCGAUGGACCUGUGCCCAGCGGAAUUUAUGAAUGCAGUGUGUUAUGCAGCUGUGACAAGAUUAUGUGCCAGAACAGAUUAGUGCAGCAUGGUCUUCAGGUUCGGCUGCAGGUCUUCAAAACUGAAAAGAAGGGCUGGGGAGUCCGUUGCCUUGAUGACAUUGACAAAGGAACUUUUGUUUGUACAUACUCAGGCAAACUGAUGAGCAAAGAUGAAUCCAGGCAACCUAAAGAUAAAGGUGGUGAGGUUAAAGAGGAAGAUCCAGAGAAUGGUGACAGAAGCCACACUUUAUUUAAAAAAAGGAUAAAACUGGAUAUGUUCUGUUCUGAUUCAGAGAUUGAAGUUAUCCAAACCACUAGGAAGCAAAAAUCUUUGCCUGUAAAAGGUGAAGAUCAGCUAAGCGUAAUUCAGAGUUGUCAAAGCUACAGCUGUAACAGUACUCAGACUUACAAAGCUGUCACAAGACCGAAAACUCGAACAUCUGUUCUUCAGAAACAUCAGCGGCAACUAGGAAUUGCUGGUGCCAGUUCAGAUGAUGAUGGAAGUUCUGUGUGCCAGAAAUCAUCAAGAAGUAAACUAACUGCUGCAGCCAAGAAAGGAGAUGAAAAAUCAAGUCUACAAGAAGAGCUUGGUGAAAUGGUGAGCAUCGUACAGUCCGAAGGUAGUGUAGACUGUGUUAAAGAGAAUCCUCUUUUCAACACCACUUUGAACAGUAAGCCAGCUGUGCAAGAUGACAGAGAGAUUAAAAAAAAAAGCAAGGAGCUAUUCUGGACUCAAGAUAUACACAAGAAAAGUUUCAAGAGAGGGAGAAGAGAAUCUGCUCAUAAAAAGCGAGCAACGGAAGAUAGCAAAGCAUUCCUAAAGAAUAAGGAGAGCCCAUGUUUGCUGGAUGCAACCAAGGAAGGCAAUGUGGGCAGAUUUCUUAAUCACAGCUGCUCCCCUAAUCUCUUUGUACAGAGUGUAUUUGUAGAGACCCACAACAGAAAUUUCCAGUGGGUGGCAUUCUUCACAAACAGGCAUGUAAAGGCUGGAACAGAACUCACAUGGGAUUAUGGCUAUGAAGCUGGAAGCAUGCCUGAAACAGAGACUACUUGUCAGUGUGGUGCUCAUAAGUGCAGAAAAAAAUAUUAUAGAGUUUUUUAUAAAAGUGCGUGGAGGCUGGUUGCCCUUGGCGUUAAGCGGCUCCAAGGGGUCAUACACCCGGCGGAGCGGGGCCACCAGAUUGGACCAGGCAGGGUCCGCAACCAUUCUUCCCAACUUCUGCCUAAGUGCAGCCGCCUGCAAUGUGGACUCCUUGACGCUCCUACUAGCUUGGGAAUCGCCCUUCUCGGCUGCUGCGCUCGCGGCUCGAGGGCGGCUGAAACGGCGACGCAGCGCCCUCUGGCGGCGGAAAGAGCCACGCCUCGAGGUUGCGGCGGAGUGUUUGCCCUGGAGAGGGAGGCGGGCUCUGGGCUCCGUGCGCGCGCAGCGGAAACGUCCUCCGCCGGUGACGUCACCCGGGCCUUGCGGAAAAGGCGCUGCGGGAGUCGCCGCCGCCGCCGCAGAAGGUGUCUUGUACCCAGAAUCAGCUCUGGAGAGUUGGGAGACAUCAGCAAAAUCUCUUCCCUUUUGCCAGUGGAUCCCUCCACUGGAUUAAAGGCCUCUAGUUCCAUUACAUUUGGGGAGCAAAGUGACUUUGCUAAGCUAACUUGGAUAAUGGCAAAGAUGGUCAGAAGACAGUGUGCAUUUUGCCCAGAUGAUGAAGAAUGUGCCAUUAUGUAUGUUGCUGAAGGACAGAACCUUGCAGUUCAUCAGGAUUGUUUGCUAUAUUCCUCUGGAUUUGUGGAAUCUGAAGAACAUAACCCUGAGAAUCUCGAUAUAAGGUUUGAUGUGGCUUCAGUAACGAGUGAAAUAAAAAGAGGAAAGAGGCUGAUAUGCAAUUUCUGUCGCAAGAAAGGAGCCACUGUGGGCUGUGAGAUAAAAAACUGUCGCAGAAGUUACCAUUAUUUCUGUGCUUUGUGUGAUGAUGCUGCAAUAGAAACGGAUGAAAUUCAAGGCAUUUACCGAGUGUUCUGUCCAAACCAUGACCCAGUCAAGAAGACAAGCUUUUAUGAUGAGGACAGCAAGAAGGGACGGCCCCCAAUCCUAAUAAACUCUUCCUGCAGUGGAAAAAAAAUGAAUGAUAAUGAAACCGUUGCAGAAGAGAGCCUACAGCAGGUCCUUAAGAGAAAAAAUGACCAGCAGAAAGUAAGGAUAGACUUUUUAAGGAAGUGUAAGCAGGCUGGGCUUCUUGAUGAAAUCUUUGAGGAAAUGUUAGACACUCUUCACCUUGCGCAGGAAAAGCUGAUGGAUGACAACACUUCUGAAGCAGAAUAUGAAGAAACAGUAAUGUCACUUUUUGACUGUGGCCUUUUUGAAAAUAUACUUGCAACAGCUCACUCUGGAACUGAAGAAAAAAUUCAGCAGCUACUGCACACACGGGAAAGACUGGAUACUCAGAUUGAGCUUCUGGAAGAUUUGAAGGGAGUAGUACUACCUGCCCCAGAAGACACAGCUAGUGUAUCUAAUAGUAUCUCUGAACAACCUGCAUAUUUCUGUAAUACUUGAUCAUGAUUUCUCCUAUCUGGUUCUUGCAUAAAAUCAACUUUCCAGUUAGAUAAGUCUGCUUGUCCUUAUAUAUCACAUUUGUUAUAACUGUUUUUUUCCUCUAAUCACGACCGUGAGACACUUUUGUUCCAGCAAAGGCAUUUUUUUCUUUUGGUUUUGACGGUCAAAUUCUCUUUUUGUCUAUUGCCAAUUCAUUUAUGUGAUUAUUUGGAAAGGCAAGGGAAAGCCUGUGUCCUCUUGAUAGCCAUCUCCAAGAUCACGGCUGUCUUUCUGAUCUAUUCCAGUACAGGGAGAAUUGGAUGUGUUUACCACAUGUUCUUCAUAGCUUCUUGGCAACAGAGUCUCUAGAACCAGGGCAGCUCCAGCCAGCAGGGCCAGGAGACAUCAGUGAAGGGAUGGAGAAACCAAGGUCAGCCUUCCUAAAGGAUUGCACUGUGGUGCUAUAAUAGUUGUCACUACACAUACUUUUUAAAUCAAUGGAAACGUCCUCUAUCUGCUCCUUCAAGACACUUGACUACAAUUGGUAGUGAAAUUAAACACCAUAGUUUCACUUUCCAAAGAGAAAGUCAAACCAUGAACCUUCGUACUUAGUUUUACAGAAUAGAUCCUGUCUGUAAAAUGACCCUGGCCUUGCAGUAGGAGCCCAAACAUUAGAUGUUUCAGACACCUCAGGAGGGCUUAAUGUUAAAAUGUUUCAGAGAAUCAGUUUCUUAGAAUCAUAGGUAGUUGUGUGUGUGUAAAGAAUAUUUGCAAUUGUUUGAUUACAGAAUUGUAAAUAAUCAUUUAAUAAAAGUGGGUUUUUUUAACAAAGUA